GUUACACUCGAUUGUGCCAGAGAGGAAGAGGCGAAGCGAGAGGAUUUACUCCGCCCAAAAUCUGUCCGAGUGAGAUUAGUCCUUUUUCUGUACGGAGGUAUAUGAGGGUGUCGGAAGUUGAAUUACGUUAGGUUUAUUUGAUCGAAUAGAAGUUUCGUAAUGUUUAGGCUAUUACACAUGUAUUGAUAUAAGAUAAUGAACGUGGCAUUCUGGCAACUUUGAGAAAAACGACUUCGUUGUGCAUGUUAACACUCGUAUAUGUCCUCUCGUUGGCUAGAAUGGUCCCACUUGAUCGCGCCUGCCUUCCAUCAUUGAGGGCAUAUAUUUCCAUCGUUAAAGUGGUCACUCGGUUAUCUACUCAAAUAUAGACAAUCUUUGAUAGUGUUCAAUAUUUCAAGAUGUCGUCGCUGGAACAGAGACUCUCCAGAAUCGAGGAGAAACUAAAGCAAGAAAAUAAAGAAGCUCGUAGAAGAAUUGACCUCAAUAUCGACAUGAGUCCACAACGUUCACGUCCGAGGCCAAUCAUCGUGAUCCAGCUCAGUCCUGCUCCAGUUCCUUCCCAGCGUGCAGCUCUUCAGCUGCCCCUGGCUAACGACGGAGGGGGGAGUCGCUCCUCGUCCUCUGAGAGCUCACCCCAGCACCAUUCCUACCCCAGCCGUCCGCGACACAUGCUCAACCUGCCCACGCCACAGUACGGCCUGGUGAAGAGCCUGGAGAAUGCGGAGAUAGACCAGAAGCUGCAGGAGAUCAUGAAGCAGACAGGCUACCUGAAGAUCGACGGCCAGCGGUACCCAGCCGAGGUCAGUGACCUGAUCAGCGAGGGGGAGAUUGGCAGCGGUACGUGCGGUCAGGUGUUCAAAGUGCGCUUCAAGAAGACGGGCCACGUCAUCGCCGUCAAACAAAUGCGCCGGACAGGAAAUAAGGACGAGAACAAGAGGAUUCUGAUGGAUCUGGAUGUUGUGCUGAAGAGCCACGACUGCCCUUACAUCAUCCAGUGCUACGGCGCCAUAGUUACCAACACGGAUGUGUUCAUCGCAAUGGAGCUGAUGGGGACGUGUGCUGAGAAACUCAAGAAGAGGAUCCAGGGGCCCAUCCCUGAACGCAUCCUGGGAAAGAUGACUGUGGCAAUAGUGUCGGCUCUGCUGUACCUGAAGGAGAAGCACGGUGUGAUCCACCGGGACGUGAAGCCCUCCAACAUUCUGUUGGACAACAAGGGCCAGAUCAAGCUGUGUGACUUUGGCAUCAGCGGACGACUCGUCGACUCCAAGGCCAAGACCCGCAGCGCCGGCUGUGCUGCCUACAUGGCUCCUGAGAGAAUAGACCCCCCAGAUCCCAGCAAGCCUGACUAUGACAUCCGAGCAGACGUCUGGAGCCUGGGCAUCUCUCUGGUGGAGCUGGCCACAGGACAGUUCCCCUAUAAGAACUGCAAGACUGACUUUGAGGUCCUGACCAAAGUGCUGCAGGAAGACCCUCCCUCGCUCCCCCUCAGCAUGGACUUCUCCCUCGACUUCCAGUCUUUCGUCAAAGAUUGCCUCACAAAGGAUCACAGAAAAAGGCCAAAAUACCACAAGCUGCUCGAGCACAGUUUCAUUCGGCGCUAUGAGGUGCUGGUGGUGGACGUGGCGGGCUGGUUCCAGGCGGUGAUGGAGCGCACUGAGUCGCCGCGCAGCAGCCAAUGUUACAGCCAGCACCAGCUCCACUCGCUCUUCAGCAGGUAGCCCCCGGCCACUGGCCCUGCCCCGGAGCCACUGGAGCCUACAGCCGGGAGACCCCGGAGAGGGACGGAGACACGGAGUAGGCCUAAAACCCUAGACAGACAGACUGGCUCUGUGAAUUGAUUGAUUGAGUCUGGUUGAUUGACUGAUUGAGUCUGGAUCAGGACAGACAGACACGCGGGAGAGUAGAGCUUCACACUGUAGUUCGGCGUCAUCAGAAGAUGUACAUUAUUAUCGUGAACACCUUGGCACAUACUGUAGGUUACUCUAAUGCAUGCUCACUUUUCCAUCCAUUAGAUACUGACGUACAGUAGUGAUACUGUAAAUGCAUUUACGUGGUUAAACACAUACAGAAAUACUACUCACUCACUAGUCAUAUCUCACGCUCCUGUAUAAUCUUGUUCAGCUCCAGCUCAGGCCCUAGUCAAAGCUACGGGGUCUGACAACAGAGUAGUCGAUACACACUGGAGCUAAUUUCUGCUACAUCAUGUAGUGUUAAGACGAUGUAAAAGUCCCUACGGCAAGCCCAGAGGCCCAGUUUCAUCCACAGUGAUAGCUAGGCUCAGAAGUUGAAGGUUCCGUGCAAUAUUCAGCCGGGUGUUUUAUUUCUAUACUUACUCUUCAACAGGUUGUGUAUGAGUGUGUGUACUAAGACACGAGUGUACGCUCACUUAUGGAUGGCAUAUAGCUGUCCCACUGUAGCUCUAACAGACCAACUAGACCCGCUGUAUUUGUUUCAGUCUGGAUGCAGUCUGGUUUUUAACCAUAGGUUUGAAAAUACUGUAGAUUACGAACUUUGAUUCAAAUGCUUAGAGAGAAUAUAAACAAGUACAUGUUCUAGCAGCUUUGAAUUGGGAAAAACUGCAAAAAAAAAGACCAAAAAAAGUAGGGUUAUGCGUAGCUCUGUAGAAAAGGUGUUUUGUAUUUAUUUAUUUAGAGUUCAGGAUGGUUUUGAGUGGAACUGGAUAACAGGUGGAGGGAUACAGAGGAGGAGAAAAGGAUGAGGGGAGGACAAAAGUCUGCCUUUUAUCAGACUUUGUUUACUUAAUUUACCCCAGCUGCUGUGGUGAAACUCAGUCAGGGAAACUGUACUGCCAGGUAGAUGAGGAAAGAAGAGGCUGAGUGGCAUUGUGUUGCUUUUUGUUGAAUAGAAGUGUUACAAAAGAAAAAGUUUGGAGGGGAGUCGUGAGUUAUUUUUGUUAAGAAAUAGGCAAGAGUCCCUUUACAAAUAAUACAAUAACAUAUUUUUGGCUGUGGAGCAUUUCAACCCUCCCUCUCCGCUCUUUCUCAAUGCCACUCAGCCUCUCUUCUUUCAUUCUUUCUGCUGUUCCAUCUUUUAGAGGCUCCACAGUUUUGUCAAACCAAAGGUGGUAGUUGUCGGUUGAGUGUGUCACACAGGCCCUCCUGACUGUUGCCUCCCCUCCUGCAGGGCCAAAGCCAGGUAGAGAAGACUACUACCCCCCCCAUUAGGAGUUUGCAAGAUGGCACUGACAGGUCUGGGAUCAGACUUCCCCAACACACACCAAGCCAAAUCCCUGCUAGACACAGACAGGAGAGGGAGAUCAACGGUAUGUCAGAGAAAUGGAGAGAGGGAACCGGAAACGUUGACUAUGAAUAUGUGCAGAAGAAGAGCUAGGGAGAAGCAAGAUUAGGAAAGAGUUGGAUAAAAAAAAAGUAUUUGAGAUGGAAGGAUGAGGUGAAAAGUAACGGAAGGAUAAGAAAGUGAGACAGAAGGUCAAGAGGGGUACGUGACAGAAGGUUUAGGGCCGUCUCGAGCUAGUGAGGGAGGAGUGACUGAGCAGAGAAGUGAGUGGUUUGAUAACAGAGAUGUGAGGAGAGAGAUUUUGGAGCCCUGAAUUCAGCCAUAGGCAGGCUAUAGAGCAGAUGUUGAAGCUAGCUGGACAUUGUAAAAGCUUUCAAUGGUGUUUCACCAAUAUAUGAAUUAUGAUUUUUAGGGCGUGAAUUAGGAUUUGUGUUUUGAUUGUUUGGUGUUCUAUUCAUUAUUGUAUCUUUCAAAAAAUAUUUAAAUAUUUAUUACAUUGCUACAACUGCUGCUACAUUUUUUAAAUCUAGACUCUGCUGUCUAAUUGUCCCCCAAAGGACAAAUACUUAUCUUUUUAAACCAAAUAAGUGAAGUAAUGCAAUGUCUUUACAGUUACCAAAUACAGAAAAGCAAGUCUGAUGAUGGUGUGAGGGAACACUGACCGAGAACUAAACCCAUAGAUGAGUAGCAUAGGUUAACGUCACAAAACUAAUCCACACAAUUGAUGUACACCUCACCUGUCUCUAACAAUGUAAUAGUAUGUUGUAGUCACAAUUAUAUCGCACUACAGCACCGCAAAGUCUAGUCGUUAAUAGUGAAGGAGUGUCCGUCUGUCCGUCCUGACCUGUGAACCUUGACCUUUUGCUCCCUGACCUUGGACAUUGUAGUCCAGGGUCACCCUGAUUUAGAAUGGUCUGUCUGUCUGUGGGCCUCCUGCAAGCUCAACCCUUGACGUUACACACCAAAGGUGUCAUCAACAAAAACGAGUUAUUGAUAUUCUAAUUGAUUACUAGGACUACGAUAUAUUCAGAGUUUCUCUGUAGCUAGUGAGGGAUAGGGGGAGGGGGUACUUUAGGGGUAGCAAUGCCUGUGUGUGUAGAAUACAGAGAGAGACUUGUACUCUGACAAAGCCCGGGCACAGCAAUCACACCCAUUCAGCCAGACAGACCUAUUUACUGUGUAAACUGGUACUGUAAUAAGCCACUGCUCACCAUCACCAAGUAUUGGGAGAGUUCAGGAGAUUGGCUGUGUUGCAGGUAGAAUAUACUAGUUCUCUUAUCGUUGUGGAAUAGAAAACAGUGUUGGUUAUUUUUGUUAUGGUUCAGGCUGCAAUGUUCUGUUUGUUGCCCAGACACAAAUCAUCAUGGACCUACUUUAAACCAUGGCUCUUCGAUUUUGGUUCUAUAGGCAAUCAGGUAGUAAUGACAGACACAUUAUUAUACAAUCUAGGCUGCCUGGCCCACUUGCUCAAAGUUUUAAAAUACUGACUUUAUGUACUUCUAUUAGUACUAUUUACAUGCUCUCUACACCUUGGGUUGUCCAAAAUCACUAGAAAGUGCACUCUACUCAGUGCACCCUAUUCUCCCAGUCUUGGCUGUCCAGUGCUGUGUCAGACCCAGUCUCCCACUGUCAACCUUCUCUUUCGUUUUGCUGAUGUCUGUUUACAAGCGCACACGUGGUCUGUACGUGGUUUGAAAACACCUGACAGGUAACUGUGCCACUCUUCACCUUUCUGAAAACAGCAGGAACUUUUUUUUUUUGGUUUAGUCCAAAACCAAAUUACUUGGGUGUUUUAGUGUGUGUGUGUGUUUGUAAAAUGUAUAAUAAUAAAAACGUUUGAAUACUAAUUCUAACCCAUUGCCAAGGACAGCGGUGGCGCGCCACACACACACCAAAUGUAGGCUAUAGACAGUAUGUCACCAGUGAUGCUGAUUGACUGCCGUUUAGUGGCUUUGUGUGUUCUUAGCAGGCAGUGGCAAAGCCAGCGCUGUUAGAUGUACUCUGGUAGGGUGCCUCUGAAAUCACACCCUUUGUAGUGCAUUACUUUUAUCACCAGGGCUCAUAAGACCCUGGUCAAAAGUAGUGCACAAUGUAGUGACUAGGGUGCCAUUUUGGAUGCACCUAAUAGUCUGCUGCUGCGCUGUACCUUGGGGGUGGGAGGGUGUGUCAUCGCCCCAUCUGUAAGUAAAACCAAAUAUCAUUUUCACUAUGCAGUCAUUCAAAUCCGUCAGCUUGCUGUACGUUAGGGAGUCCUCCUGUAUAUAAACAUAUGGUGAUGAAACUGGACUUGGUGACAAUAUGAGAUCUUCUCCCUAGUACGGUUGAAAUCAUGCCUUCAGCUAGUCCAGAGGGGAAAUGAGUAAAGCGGGAGACGUGUUUGAGUGAGCUGACUAUUUAAGGAUUGUAUUGGGGUUGGGGUGGGGCCGUCUGGUUGUAGUUUUUGGGGUGGGUUAAUUGGGGUUUGCGAGUUGCUAGUCCAAUGCUGUAAGUAUAUCAAUUGCAUGUUAUUGUCGCUGAUGUAACUGCUAUUGAUUUUAGAUUAUGUUUGGGGGGGACAAAACUAUAUAUAUUUAUAAUUUUUACAAUUUUUUUUGCGAAAUGUUUUAAUUGUGUACUUAGGAAAAGACACUUUUGCCUUUUAUGUUCUCUUGACUUGUUUUCAAUCUGCUAUUUGCCAUAUACAUUUUUACUUGUAUUGUCAUUUAGUUGGUUUCAUGGCGAGAAGGAUCGUGUAUAGAUCUUAGCAGCAGACUUUUUUGUUGUUGUCCGUUCCUAAAUGUGCCGUGUGUCUUUCAUUCAAUUAGCUGUGAGAGUGAGGAUGGAUGGAGGGCAAGGUCUGUGUCUUGGAAGUGUUUUGUCUACCAAAAGUCUGAUUUAUUAUUUACCUUUUUCGUCCAUUGUUUUUAUUUUAUUUUUUACAACUUUCAUUAUAUUCAGGGAAAAGAUGACACCAAAUUGAAUAAAUACAUUUCCAGAUGAUCCUUGAGAGCGUUUGAGAUGGAGAGUGUAGUUGAAGUCUUCUUUCUGUCGUUCCGGAAUGCCGGGGUCAAAGGUGUCUUUUUCUCGCAGAGCGGAAUGAUCACGUUCACAGCUCCGUUUAGCCACUUCUUCACCCUGUGUUGCUGUGAAACCUUGGUCCUCCGAUAUCCUCUUAACUGAAUUAGUUUUAUUUUUUUCCAUGAUCAAAAUAUCAUGAUUGAUUGUUUCUCGGUUUAAAUCUCUUGUGUGCCAUUUAAUUUGUUUUAUUUCUACCCAGAAACCUCACUUUGUUUUUGUGGUUCUCUGAUGCUGUAUUAAGCUGUAUGGUCAAACUCUUGACUACAUUUGAAAUGGCACCCUAUUCCCUAAAUGGUGCACCUGAAGUAGUGCACUACAUCGGGAAUGGGGUGCCAUAUGAGACGAAGGCAACGAGAGAGCGUCUUAUUAAUGCUGAAAUUAUCACGAAUGGCGUUUGCACUUGGGCAGCUUUUGAGUCGAGUGGGGAGGAGUCGUUGGGAGCUCUUUCGGGUUGCAGACGUCCAGUUUGACCAAUCACAGACCUGCGACUGGCAGAAAAAAAACUGAUUUCAACAAUGUAUAUGUAUGUUCACUAUUUAUUUAUUAGUCUGUUUUAUAUAUAUAUUUUAAGCCAAACAAGACACACAUGGUAAAGAUAAUUGUCUGUCUGUCAUUGGCCUUGCCGUUGAUACAAAAGCCAAAUAUCAAACCACACUAACCCACAGGAAACAUUGCUAUUAUAAUGGAGUGGGUUUAACGUCUAGAUAGUGUAUGCUCUUUUAGUACUGGCUUGGCUGAGCUGUAGGAUGUCUGUAUACUUUAGUGUGUGUGCACUCAUUUCAUUUGAAAUCCUGCUCAGUCAAGCCAAACAGAGGUUAUGGUUUAAAUCUUAACAUUUACAACAUGGGUGGUAUUAAAGAGAGUGCUAUGCUAACAACCACUUAAGUUAGCUCCUAUUGUUUGAAACUUGGAUUGGUUUUACACAAGUAAUGAAUUACCCUCCUGAAACAGACGAGCAGUCAACGUUUUUAUGCAUACUAUGACUAAUAGUUUUCUAUUCCGAAGUGGAUUGAUUGGCUCGUAUUUAACCUGCACUCUGUAUUGAGGUGGAAACCCUUUUAAAAUGUUGGUAAAGAAUCAUUUGCUUGUUCCCUAGGCUUUCUAAAUGCAGUAUUGCAUGACUUGCCCGAUUUGAAAGCGGGAAAUGGUGUACUUUUUCCAUCUCCAUUGCAAUUCCAUGGCUUUUUGUUUGUUCUGACGGUUGUAUCAAUCUACACAGCUACUGUCUCUCUGCUUUUCGUUGUCUUUUCCUCUUUCAAACAGAAUAAAUGCCAUUAUAUUGUGAAUACCUCAGGAUUUUUUUGGAGACAAAUCAAAUAAAGAAAAGAGAAGUUGCUGAGA